AUGUCUGAAUUUCUCAACGACCCUUAUGCUGAUAAACAUAAUUUAGUCUAUCCGAAGGGAGUUGCUAAUGCGUAUUCAUACAAGGGUAGUCUUGCAGUGUUUCAACUUAGUCACUUUAAUUGUGGCGGAAUUGCAAUCAGUAUAUGUUUUUCACAUAAGAUUGCGGAUGGAUAUACAUUAUGCAACUUCACUAACCAUUGGGCUACUAUAGCGCGUAAUCCUAUGAGUUCAGAGAUAUUACCAAUGACUCCUCAAUUUAAUGGAGCGUCUUAUUUUCCACCUAUAAAAGAGGAUUUGUCACAAACAACAUUCAUUCCCGAACUAGAAACAGAAAAAUAUUCAAUCAAAAGUUUUUCUUUCUCGUCCUCCAAAUUAACCGCGCUGAAAGCUAGGGUUAUUAAUCAAUCAGAAGUACAAAAUCCAACUGAUACAGAAGUUGUGUCAGCAUUCAUUUACCAACGCGCCAUGGCUACAAAAAAAGUGGUGACAUCUACACUCCACCAGGCUUUAAACUUGCGUCCUCCGUUGCCAAAAAACACUAUGGGAAACAAUGUUUCUCCAUAUUGUAUACAUACAAAAGAUGAGAAAGAAAUGGAUUUGCCACAAAUAGUUGGUAAACUACGAAAGGCAAAAGAAGAAUUACGAAAAAAAUAUAAAAAUGCUCAACCAAAUGAAUUUGCAUCUAUAGCACAAGAAGCACUUAAUGAAACAAUUUUCAACAGUUCAUCUUCUAAUUUCUAUAUGAGUAGCACCACCAAAUUCCCCAUUUAUGAUGUUGACUUUGGAUGGGGAAAGCCUGAAAAAGUUUGUACACCACUUAAAAACAUGUUUAUGUUGAUGGAUAAUAAAAAUAGGGAUGGAGUGGAAGUGAUAAGUGGCUUGAAGGAACAAGACAUGUUAGCUUUUGAGAGGGAUGAAGAGCUCCUACAAUUUGCUUCUCCAAGUAGCUAG